AUGAGUAGUACGGACGCAUCAGCAGUCACCGAUGGCCAUGAGUUCUCCCAGAGUCCGGAUAGUGUGCAUUUCGGACACGGUGAGAACGGACCAAGUUGCAGGAGCAAAUGGAGCAGUGUGCUGACAUGUUGGAAGCACAACUAUCGCCCCGGAGAAGGCUUCACACUCCCAAAAGGCGAUAUCCUCAUACACGCAGGCGACCUGACGAACCAAGGGACUCGGGCCGAACUUCAAAGGGCUCUGGAUUGGAUCACCAAGACAGACUUCGCGGUGAAGGUCGUCGUAGCGGGUACGUUGUCGUGCAACUAUGAGAAAUUCUCAAGAUGAGUGAACGUAGCACUUACUGCAUAACCAUGCUUAGGAAAUCACGACCUAUCUUUGGACACGGACUUCACAUCGACUUCAAAGCAGCACGAAAAUGCUGUGCCUGCAGCAGAAGACGUCGAAGCAUGCGCAAAGCUCGUGAAAGGCUGCGCGGACAUUGUGUAUCUGCAACACUCGGAUGGGGUGAUAGAUCUGCCCGGUACGAGCGAGAAGAUUCGUGUUUUCGGGUCGCCGUGUAGUCCUCGUGGUCGAGGGAAGCAGAGGUGGGCUUUUCAGUACGACGAGCAUGAAGCGGAGGCCAUUUGGAAGUGCGUACCGGAAGAUGUGGCCAUCCUCAUCACGCACACACCGCCUGCCGGCUACUGCGACCGGAGUCGGCAUUGGGAAGAAGGUGGCUGUCGUGCUUUGAAAGCUGCAUUAUCCCGCAUCAAGCCUGUGUUGCACGUCUGCGGGCAUUGUCAUGAAGGAAGAGGCGCACUGGUGCUCAGUUGGGAGAAGAAUGCGACGGAAAUACCCAGGGUGGCUUGGACAUGGGAAGAUGCCAGCGUCGCAAGCAGCAAGAAGCAGAGCCUGUUGGACCUCUCCGGCAAGUCGGGCAAUCCGCCUGGUGUUGUUCCGGGCAUGGAGACGGCCGUGGUGAACGCCAGCAUCAUGGCGGAGUCGUUCGGUCGGGGAAAGCAGAAGGGAUUCCACAAGCCGAUCGUGAUUGACAUCAGCUUUGCUCGUCGGGGGGAGAGCGGCAUGGACAACACAUGA